CGCUCUGGGCAAUUAUUUAUCCCGGGCAGAAGUGGGAAGUGGAGUAUUUGCGAAGCGCCGGUCCGUGAGUCAGUGGUGUGGAAUCAGCCAGUAGCUAAUCGGUAGCUGAGUAGGCCAGGCACGAUGUUCGCACAGCUCCUCUGGUCUCUGUCGGUCCUGCUAGCCGCCCUGUCCGGGACGGCCGAUUCAAAUGGGUGGACUUUACAGAGCAACUUCUUGAUCACAGGACCCAAGUCGUCCUUCCAGGCGUCUCUGACGUACGCGAGCAGCGUGGCGGCGGGCGCGCAGACGGCCAUGGAGGAGUGCAAGCACCAGUUCUCCUGGGACAGGUGGAACUGUACCGACAACGCGCUGUCCAUGUUCAAACCCAACACACUACCUGCCAAUCGGGAGACGUCUUUCGUGCACGCCAUAAGCGCCGCCGGGGUGAUGUACGUCCUGACGAGGAACUGCAGCAAGGGGGCGUUCGAGCAAUGCGGGUGCGACCUCACCAACAACGGGAAAAAAGCGGAAGGCGGGUGGACCUGGGGCGGCUGUAGUGACGACAUCGCGUUCGGGGAGAGGAUCUCCAAAAUGUACUCGGACGGGGUGGAGAACGGGCAGGACGCGCGGGCCGCCAUGAACCUGCACAACAACGAUGUCGGCAGGAAGGCGGUGAGACAGACCAUGAAGCGGGUAUGUAAGUGCCACGGCGUGUCGGGCAGCUGCACCACCAAGACGUGUUGGCUCCAGCUGGCAGACUUCCGCGCCAUCGGCGUCUUCCUCAAGAAGAAGUACAAGAAGGCCGACAAGGUGGACUACGUGCGCGGGCAGCUGACGGAGAACAACAGCGCCAGCUCAAAGCGGAACACGGGUCUGAAGAAGGACAUGGUGUUCCUGGAGGACUCCCCGGACUACUGCAGGGAAAACCUGACGGUGGGGUCGCGGGGAACGCUGGGACGGGAAUGCCUGCGCGGCGGCGGGAAAAACAUGGACAAGUACGAGAAGAAGAGCUGCAAGCGCCUGUGUAAAGACUGCGGGUACGUUCCGAAAAGGAUCACCACGGAAGUCACGAGCAGCUGCAACUGCAAGUUUCACUGGUGUUGCUCCGUCAAGUGCUCGCAGUGCACCAAGACUGUCACCAAGUACAUCUGCGUGCAGAGGGAGAGCAGCAAAAACCGCAGGAAAAACGUCCGGAAAAAGUCCAAGCAGCGGAGAAGAAACAGGGGAAACAACUAGAUCCCGAAAGGAAGAGAAGAUUUGAAUGAACUUGUUGCUUGAACCAGACGACUUAUGGCAAAGACUUUGUGUGCGGCACAGCCUUUGCAACAAACCAUUAGAUGGCAAGGAGUCGGAGUUAACCGGAAAUGAGACAUGUAACCGAAGAAGAAUUCAUUUAAUUUAUACCGGAAACGGAAAUGACGUGGAGCCCGCGUUCCUUGACGUGAAUCUCUUGACAGGUUCCUAGCGAUGUACAUAAUUGUCAAGACCACAUAACUGACAUUAUUUAUUUGGUGAGGUUGUACUUGCCAAAAAUGAAUAUUUCUUCUUGUAAAUAAAUGAUAAGCUACCUCCUCUGCGA